UCCGUCGUUUAGUCCAUUUCACGGCUUAGCACCAGUCGUCAAACCCGACGACGUUCAUUCUCGCCAAAGAAGGUCUAGUGCUCCAGACGCGCUCGCCGGUGAGACAUCCAGUUCAAUUAGAAUGAGCCGCAGCCAAGACGAUACCGACACAGUCAGUCGACAACGUCAAGAGAACAGCACGAGCAGUCGGCGUAAGAAGCGUCGAAGACAGCAUCACGAUUCGGUUGCUUCGUUCAAGAAGAGUCCUCGGCAGGAGCAGGAUACGUGUUCUUCGUCUGAGGCGAGGCGACGGCAAGAGGAGGAUACGUGCGGCUCAUCGAAAGCGUCGACGAGUGGACAGGAACGGGAUGAUUGGUAUUGUCCGUCGACGUGCGAACGGAACGAAGCCUCGACUUCUAUGCCCAGGGGCGUUCUCCAACCAGAAGAAAUAGGCAGUUCCUAUAGAGCGAGUCGGCUACUGGGAGAUUUAUCGGACAGUGAUUGAUGUUUUUGGCUUUUUAGAGACGUGGUGUGCACAGAACUAUGGGUUUGGGUAUUACUGACACGUAUACUUUUAGUCUAGCACGCCUUCACUAUGUUUUAGCACGUUUUUGAGCAUUACUGCAAUAGAAGUAUUGAUGGGGCUUGGCUUACUCCGUUACUUGGUAAGCCAAGCUGAUACACAAGUCAAGA